AUGCCCCCGGACCCCCCUACGAACCUCGCGGCUGCGGCGCUCGAGGAACUGCAGGAGGAGAAUGUGCGGUUGAGACAGGACCUGCAGGAGCUGAGGAGUCUGUACGACCAGCUGGUACAGGAGGGCGGGGCUGAGCACUGGGAGGAGAGGAGAGUCCACAUGCUCAAGUCACAUGUCAUCCAGCUGGAGAGACAGAUAGUUCAGCUGACAGGUGCUGUGAGCUCCCACAAAGAUGCCAUGGUGGAGGCUGAUUCUGCUCUUGAUACAGUAGUCACAGCACUCAGGGAGUGGGUUGCCUGUGAGUCUCCAGGUCCGACAGUGUCCAUACAGCGUGCCCAGCUCACCCACCUUAUACACACUGUCAUGGGAGCUAAAACAAGGCUGAAGAAACAGGGAAAGACUGGGUUUGCCUGUGACAGUGUUGGCCAAUCAUCCUUGCUGAAGAGUGCUGCUGUUAAAGGCAGUAUAGAAGGUGUCUCCCUAUUGGACAUCUGCAGUGGUGACAUCAGACAUCUCAACCUCAAACAUGUGGCCUCCCUGGAGUCCCAGCUGUCUCAACUGUUCAAGAAGCUGCUGAGAUUGCAGCAGUGCAUGGACAGCAUCAGGAGCCACCAGCCUGUCCCGCUGUUCUACCAGACGGACAGCAUGCUAUACGACAGGCUGACAGCACAGGCUGCAGACCUGGACAAGCUGCUGCACCAGUGCUGUCAAGACCUGAUGCACCUCAGCCUGCUGGUGCCUGCUGCUCCUUGGUCUGCAGUCAGACGGUUACCCAGCAUGCACUUCUCUGUGGAUGAUGUCAUGGCAAGUCUUCCCAGCAUGCCACGCAGUAAGCAAUAUGAGGUAAAGAAGACUGUGGAAAGUUUGAUGGUAGCUGUGGGUUAUUCCAAACACAUGACAGCUAUGCAGAUAGCAGCCCUGGAAGAGGAGUUGACUCAUUUCAGACAGGUGCAGAACUUACAGAUAAAGUACACCACCACCCUGGUGCAGGCCCUCACUCAGGCUUACAACUCAUUCCAACAGGACGUCCUACAGGGAAUCAGUAGCCCACUGCAAGGUAUUUUGGAGUCAUACAGGGAACUCAGGGACACAGCCUCUGAAAGUGCACUCAGGGACUUUUUAAAGACCUUCAAAGAACAUGCAGAUCAGCUGGAGUCUAUAGCUGAAUCACUGAGGGAGCAAAAUGGAGAGGAUGACAACACAGGUUCUAUAGCCCUGAGCGGGUUCCAGGCACAGCUGGUCACAGCUCUGCAGCAGGUACAGCAGGAAUGUGCUGUCCAGCACAGCAGAACAGCAGCUGACCUGGAGUCCUCCUUGCAACAGCACAGACAGAAGGUUACCGAGGCAACAGACUUUCUCAAACAGGCGAGGACCAAUCAGGAGCCUCCGUCUACAGCCCAAAACAGCAAUAAAGGCGACGGGAAAGACUCUGAGCCAGUAAAGACAAAAAUGAGCAAAUCAAACUCUGAAUCUAGACUCAGUGUCAGCAGGCCUACUGGCCGGGUAAAUUCAAGGACGGCUGACACAACUACAGGAAGACAGAACUCAGCACAAAUGAGAAAGUCCUCGAUAACAACACUAACAUCCUCCAGUAGUAUGGACAAUGUUGCAUCCGACAAAACUGCUGCUGAGAGAAGUAGGGGGAAAGAGAGGUUGAGUCCUUUGAAAGUGCCUGCCAAAGAUAAUGGUAGAAGGGUACAAUCCCGAGGAAGUUUAGGAAAACAAAAUAUGAGCUAAAGUGGACAUAAGACAGCUCACGGCACAUUAUACUGGGUGUAAAGAAUUAACUACACUGGAUCAUAUCAACUGCGUUGACUGUAACCUUUGCCAAGAUACUUGGCAUAAUAUUUGUACAUUGGUGUUUAAUUCAUGAAUGCAAUAAGUUAGCCAAUAACCCAAUGUUGUGGUAUUGUUUUUUUUUUUUUCAUUUCCAGGUCUGCCAUUUAAUUUUAAAGGAAUUUUGGAAAUAUAUGCAAUGCACAAGCCUUUGUUACCCAGAAGUUUUGAAAAGUAGAAAUAAACAAGAACA